AUGAACCACUUUCUCUCUUUAUUUUUUAUUUUUCUCUGUCUUUUGAUAAGCACAAAAUCUGAAAACGAGAUCGCCUGGAGAACGCUCCCAUUCCUUUCAAAUUCUCUUUUAUGGACCCCUAAUCUGAACAAAAAGUGCUUUAAUGAAACAUCACUUUUUAUUGAUUCUCUCCGAGAAGUUGCAAAAAUCACCGCGGACUGUUUGAAGUAUAAAAACUGCACUCUGACUGAGCUUACCUCGGUUCAAGAUUAUGUUUUUGCGAUUCAGGAACUGGACGCGUUCGGAAAGCUACCUCCAGACGUUCUGGAUAUCAAUACGUUUUUCGAGGGCUCAUAUUCUGAAUGCCAACGUGUCAGUGGAAAAAAAUUUGCGACUAGCUACAGUUACCUGGUAGCCUAUAUAGGAGAUAAUGUAACUUGUGAUUCUAAAUCUCAUGAACAUGUAACUCCCCGGUUCGCAGUUUGUAUGCCAUCGUCGUGUGGUGAGAAUGACUUGGUGGAAAUAUUCAAUCAGAUGACCAACUUCCCAUUAACAGCUUGUGAAGCUUUCCGAUCAGAUGUGAAAGUGGAGAAAACUUGGGUAUUCUGGGCGUUUUCAUUGUUUCUUGUUCUUAUUGUGUCUAUUGUGGUCUCUGCGUCUUUUGUGGAUUACAUUCGAGAGCGAGAAAUUGGAAUGUCUGCAGUUAAUGAACACGCUUACUGUAAGUCCAACCUCAGAAUCCAAUUCAAUGUCUAUUUUUCUGGCCUCCGAGUUUUCCUAUCGUUUUCUCUUUGGAGCAACUCGGAGCUCAUACUUUCUGUCAGAGAGCACAAACCAGAUCAAAUCCGAUCUCUGGAUUGCCUCCGUGCUCUCACCAUCCUCUGGAUAGUUUUCGCUCACACUUAUGACUUCAAGUUUCCCUACAACAAUGUUGGAAGCACUAUGGACUUUCUUCAGGACCUUUCAAUUUCAAGACAGCUUAUUAUGAAUUCUUACUUCUCCAUUGACACGUUGUUUGUUAUUUCUGGAGUCGUAGAAGCCUACACAUUCUUCUGGAAUAAACCAAAACAAGGGACAAUUUUGAAACCGCAAACCUGGAUUCAUUUUUAUUUGAGGAGAUAUUUGAGGGCAGCACCACCAUUGAUGGCAUUUAUUGGUUUCUUCACAGUUUAUUCAAAAUUUAUUCAAGGUCCUUUCAUGGCUUCUGAAAUGAAUAUUCUUUCGAAGGAAGCUGAAAUUUGUGAGGAGAACUGGUGGAGAAACGCACUUUUUAUCAAUAAUUUUGCCGGUGAAAAAAAUUGUUACCGUAUAACUUGGUUAUUGGCAGUUGAUACCCAACUAUUCUUAAUUGCUCCAAUUGUAAUCAUUACAUUGUUUUUCUCGAUAACCGGAGGAGUGAUUUUAAUAGUUAUUGGAUGUUUGUUAAGCGUAUUUCUAGAAUACUUACUUUUUGGAAUCUAUGAACUGCCAGCGGAUUUCACUGGGAAUGGGGGAGAACACCAUGAACAUUUCCGAUCUGUGGUCUAUGAAAUGCCGUGGACCAGAGCUCCAUCGUUUUUACUCGGACUGCUUGUCGGAUAUUUUCUAGCCAAUUUCACAAAAACCAGAUUGAAAUUCCACUGGAGCGUUCCUGUAGCUGGAUGGAUAUUGGCUACAGGAAUAGGAACAUGGUGUUUAUGGGGAAAUUACUCGUAUGAUUCUGGAAAUAUUUGGAGUGUAUACCAAAGGGCCACCUAUUUUAAUUUCUCCAAAAACGGGUGGACCCUUUUUGUUUCUUGGAUCAUUAUUGCUAAUCAUUAUGCAUGGGGAGGACCAAUUGGGAACUUUAUGUGUCACCCAUGUUGGCAGCCAUUCGGAAGACUUUCGUAUUGCGCUUAUAUUGUUCAUCGAAUGACAAUGUACUGGUUUUUUAAUUUGGAUGGGACUAGUCCUCAUAGUUACUCAGCUGUUCAAAUGUUCUUGUUCUACACAAUUCUAGGGACCCUCCUAUCAUGUGUCUUCGCAUUCUUCUGGAGUUCAAUCUUUGAAAUUCCGGUGGCCAAAAUCGAAAAAAUAUUUUUGAAACCCAUAUCCGCCGCCUAUCGUCGAGAAUCGAAUCCAGCUGUUGAAACAGUUCGAGUGAGACGAGGAGCAAUGUCAUGA